GUACUUCUCGGUGACGCGAGAGGUGCCCUUGUGUCUCUGCACGGCUAUUUCACCACAACGAGGCGUCCGCGGAGAUCAUUAUAAAUAAGUGCGGUCUUUUUAAAGCGAUUCUAAAGAAGAAAGAAGUGGUCCUUCGGCGAUCUGCUCCAAAGAUGUUCGAAAUUCUGGUGUUGCUUUGUUCCGGGACUUUCUUACUUUUUUACCUUUUAAAAAACAAAAGACCUCACAAUUUCCCACCGGGACCAAUGCCUGUGCCACUUUUCGGGAACGUGUUACAGCUGAACUUGAAGAACCCUUUGGUGGACCUGAACAAGAUUUCUAAGAGAUAUGGUAAGGUGUACAGCCUGUACAUUGGGAGGAACCUAACAGUAUUUCUACAUGGGUAUGAAGCGGUGAAGGAGAUCCUGAUAAGUCAUGGGGCUGAUUAUGCUGGAAGGCCACAAGGACUCUUAGUUAAUGACGUCACGGAGUAUCGAGGGAUUUCUAUGGUCACCUAUGGGACUCACUGGAAGGAACAUAAGUGUUUUACUCUCAGCACAUUACGCGAUUUCGGACUGGGAAAGAAACUGAUGGAGAGUAAGAUUCUAAGUGAGGCCGCACACUUGAUACAAUCUCUGGAAAAACAGGAAGGUCUUGCCAUAUACCCCCACAUAUUACUAGAGAAUGCUGUGUCCAAUGUUGUUUGUUCGGUAAUACUGGGAUUGCGCUUUGACUAUGACAACAAACUCUUCCACAAAAUGAUGGAGCUUCUGAAUGACAGUACCAAAAUACUGAAUGGACCCUGGGGCAUGGUAAGAAUCUCUCUGUAUGAUGCCCUACCUUUCAUCAGGUCUUUACGUCUGCCUUUUCGAAGAGCAAUAUCCAACAAAGAUAACAUGAAAGAUUUCUUUCGGUCCUUUGUAAAACAACACAGGAAAAACUGGGUGCCAGGAGACCCACAGGAUUACAUUGAUUGCUACUUUGAAGAAAUGGAGAAGCGUAAGAAUAAUAACGAAUCCAUCUUUGAUGAGAACAGCCUGCUUCUCAACCUAAUAGAUUUGUUCUCGGCAGGCACCGAGUCCACUGCCAUCACAAUAAGAUGGACACUCCUAUACCUGAUGCGCUAUCCAGAUGUUCAAGCAAGGUGCCACAAGGAGAUUGAUUGCAUUCUUGGUAGCAAAGAACAGAUCAGUUAUGAAGACAGACAUGCCAUGCCAUAUAUGCUAGCUGUGAUUCAUGAGUCCCAGCGCAUGGGAGAUGUUGCUCCUCUGGGAGUAUUUCAUGCUGCCUUGAAGGACACCCAACUUUUUGGAUAUACAAUUCCUAAGGGAACUACUGUGAUUCCUAAUCUCAGUUCAGUUCUCCAUGAUGAUACUCAAUGGAAGUUCCCCCAUGAGUUCAACCCUUCCAACUUUCUCAAUGAAAAAGGGGAAUUUGUGAAGCCAGAGGCUUUUGUCCCUUUCUCAGCAGGUCCAAGAAUCUGUUUAGGAGAAGCUCUUGCUAGGACGGAACUAUUUCUCUUCCUUACGACUCUGCUACGACGCUUUGAAGUCAUAUGGCCAGAAAACUGUGGAGCACCUGACCUGACUCCACUCUAUGGGAUAACACAGGAGCCUCAAAAGUAUAAAAUGAAGCUUAAGUCCAGAGAAAACUAGUGUGCUUUAUUCUCUUACAGCAGACUGUACUUCAAAAUUCAGCUACACUUUUUCUUAACGGAUAAAAGCAUAUGUAGAAAUUAACAAUGAGCAUCCAUGUAACACUAUUUUAUUUAAAUGCUUUUUAACUUGUAUUAAUGCAUGUGUAUUGACUUCAUUAACCUCCUUACAAUUAGAUGUGCCUUUUCCCCCUUGUUUUACAGUAUAGUGUGAAGUAUUGUAUAAGGAAAUGGUCUCUAAUGUACAAGCUUGAUGGCUGAAUUUACAUCCGCAACUAUUACUGAUGUUAAGCAAGUCUUUUGUAAAAAUAAGUAAUACAGUUAUAAUGUAAAGUGAUUUGGGAUGGUCCUUGCAAGAGAAUGGUAUUAUGUAAAAUUAGUGGUCAGUUGGUUUGCAUGCCUCACAAAAAUUUCUAAAGUCUUCAUAAUUAAGAAACAUGAAGCUCAGUAUAAGACAGUUUCACAAAAAUUCUUUUGUGUUUUCAUUAUCAAUACAUAUUCUUUCAUAAUAAAUUAGUAAUCACUA